UAGAUCUAGCAGACCAGUGUCUGGUCUGUAUCAUCAGUGUAUGGACUUAGACUUAUGGACUGGAGAAACUCUAUAAUUGGCAUCAGAUGAUGAUGAUCUUCAAGUUAUUUCAAGUUUGAGAAGUAAAAGGCCAGGGCCCAGUUAGUUACGUCACCAUCUCGAUGAUCAGUGGUCUCGCCUGUCUUGGCUUACAUCACAGAAUCUGCAAUUGAGACUAGAUCUAUUUCCUGCACCGUUUCGGAGUCUCCGGAUUAAGAACGGCGUACGUAAUCUAGGGAUGAUCACUACUAGUAGUCAGCCAUCAGUUAGCGAGACACCAUCACUCUUUGACCUGCAAUCAUCAUCGAUGGUGUUUUAUAGCCGCUGGGAUGGCUUCUUAUCAGAAAUCAAUACAAAGUAAAGACAACUCCACAUCACUUUCUUCAAGAUCUCUGUCUCGACAAGUGCAGCAGGAACUGACAGUCAAUGGCACCUUUACAGCCAGACCGGACACUGCAGCGAUGUCGCCGAGGCACAUGCUGGACGACUUCAGGCCACCCGUUUCCAGGUUCGACUGCCGCCGUCGUAAGAGAAGUGAUGUACAUGCGAACGGGUGGACUAGAUCCAGCGGGGAACUGCGGUCGUUUACUUCCACAAGCAGCUUCCACGGGUUGCCAUCACAGAUAUUCCUGGUGGAUGUGAGCCAGAGAUCUUGGGUAGAGAAAACAUUUGUGAAGCGAGAAUGUAUCAAAUUUAUUCCAUCACUUAGAGAUACCACGAGAUGUUCUUGUGGAAGAAAUGAAUACUGGCACAGACAAACUGGGGCUUCCUGGCUAGAGAGUGGCCAUUUAGAAAAAUGGCAUCCUUUAAAGCAUACUGAGCCAAAACCAACUGAUGCAUAUGGAACAAUCGAGUUUCAAGGGGGUCCUCAUCCCAGUAAAGCACAGUACAUGAGACUAAGUAGUCUGGACACAAGACAGGAAAAUGUUUUGGCUCUUCUAUUGAAGCACUGGGGGCUAGAUCUUCCCAAGCUACUUAUAACAAUACAUGGAGGAAUAUUAAACUUUGAGCUUCAGCCCAAAUUAAAGCGGGUCUUCAGAAAAGGGUUGCUUAAAGCUGCUAGAACCACAGGAGCUUGGAUAGUCACAAAUGGCACAAAUACAGGUGUAACCAAACAUGUAGGGGAUGCCAUUAGUGAUAGAACAACAAAGACACACAAUAAAGUAGUUGCUAUUGGUAUAACACAAUGGGGUAUUGUGGAAAACAAAGAGUCUUUGAUAGGGAGAGAUAAAGUUGUUCCCUACCAUUGUGUAUCUUCUACAAAAUCAAAUUCUUCAGUUUUAAAUAAUAACCACUCUUACUUUGUACUGGUUGACAAUGGAACUGUGGGUAAAUAUGGAGGAGAAAUUCUUUUUCGAAAGAAGUUUGAAAAGUACAUUGCUCAGCAAAAAAUUGGCAUAGGGAGUGGUUUCAGAGGCCAUUCUGUUCCUGUGAUCUGUGUGGUGCUGGAAGGUGGGGCCAACACUAUACGUUCUGUCUUAGAGUAUGUUACAGACACACCCCCAGUUCCAGUUGUUGUAUGUGAUGGUAGUGGUCGAGCUGCAGACCUUUUGGCAUUUGCCCACAAGUACACUAUGGAUGAUGGCACAAUGGCUGAGUCUCUACGUGACCAGUUGAUUCUCACCAUACAGAGGACAUUUAUGUACAGUCAGGAACAAGCUGAAAAACUUUUCAUUGAAAUUAUGCUUUGUGUCAAGAAAAAAGAACUGAUUACAGUGUUUAGAAUGGGAGACAAUGAAGAUUCCAAGGAUAUUGACUUAGCCAUACUUACUGCUUUAUUAAAAGGGACAACUGCAAAUCCUAUAGAUCAGCUUAAUUUGGCCUUAACCUGGGAUAGAGUGGACAUAGCUCGAAGUCAUAUUUUUGUUUAUGGACAAGAAUGGCCAGAAGGUGCCCUUGAAGUAGCCAUGAUGGAUGCCUUGAUAAAUGACAGAGUUGAUUUUGUUAAACUUCUCCUAGAAAAUGGAGUCAGUAUGCAUACAUUCCUGACCAUACCCAGGCUUGAGGAUUUAUAUAAUUGUCGACAAGGUCCAACCAACUCUCUCCGUUAUUUGAUUAGAGAUGUUAAAAAGCAUGUGCCUUCCAAUUAUUACUAUACACUGCCAGAUAUUGGUUUGGUGCUGCAGUUUCUAAUUGGAGGUGGUUUUAGAUCAUCUUACUGCCGCAAGAUCUUCAAACAAAGAUACCAUGCUUUCAAACACACAGGUUCAUCUGUGGCCACAUUGAUCAGCUCUAUUCCUCAACUACUUAACACCAAGCAAGCAGAAGAACUGUUUCCUUAUCCAUUCCAUGACCUCAUGAUCUGGGCGGUCUUGAUGAAAAGACAAAAGAUGGCACUUUUUAUGUGGCAACAUGGAGAAGAAGCAUUGGCGAAGGCACUCAUAGCUGGCAAAUUAUACAGUGCAAUGGCUCAUGAAGCUGAACAAGAUGGUUUGGAAAUAGAACAGACAUUUAGAGUGCAUUCAGAUGAAUUUUUAAAUUUGGCCUUGGAGUUGCUGAAUCACUGUUACAAAAUAGAUGAUGACUACACCCAGCAACUUCUUACUUAUGAACUUAAAAACUUCAGUGACCAGACCUGCCUUGGAUUAGCUGUACUGGCCAAUCAUAGACAGUUUAUUGCACACACAUGUUGUCAGAUGCUACUGAAUGAUCUGUGGAUUGGUGGACUACGCAUGAGAAAGUAUUCCACUAUUAAAGUCAUUCUGGGAAUCAUCUUUCCACCAUUUUUAUUUGCUCUGGAUUUUAAAUCAAAAGAAGAACUUCAGCUGAUGCCACAGACUGUGGAGGAACAUUUGGAUGAAUUAGAAGAUGCUUCAAGUGCUGACAACAUUUCAAUGUGUUCUCUCAGUGAAGACCAAGAUCCCAGUUUUGAGGAGGACAGAGCUGAGCCCAUUGGUCAAGUCAACCUGCUGGCUAUUUCUAAAGAGAACUGUAAUGUUGAGAGCAUUGUUGGAGGCAGCAAUGCCACUGUUGAACAUUUUGUCUCACCAAUAGCCUAUGGUAAAAAGAAGAGCCCUUUGAGGAUGGGAAAAAAGGCCUAUGAGUUCUAUAAUGCUCCUAUAACCAAAUUUUGGGUACAUUUUCUUGGCUAUUUGUUCUUUUUGAGUGUCUUCUUGUAUGUCAUCCUGGAUCGGUUAAAAGAAGUACCGACAUGGGCUGAGAUCUAUAUCAUAGCAUUUAUAUUUACAACAGCAGGAGAAAAAAUAAGACAGAUUGUUGCCUCUGAACCAGUGACUCUGCAAAUGAAACUCAAUGUUUACAUUUCCAAAGUAUGGAAUAUUCUGGACACAUUGGGAAUCGCCUUAUUUCUUGUGGGAUUUGUUUUACGUUUUAUACCAUCAACCUUGAAGGAUGCGCAAAUGAUUUACUGUGUUGACAGCAUUUUCUGGAAUAUCAGAAUGCUGGAGAUUUAUUCUGUUAACAAAUAUUUGGGUCCUUUUGUGAAAAUUAUGGGCAAAUUGCUAAGAGAUAUGUGUUACUUUUUGACUAUAGUCUUCAUAGCUGUAACAUGUUAUGGGAUCGUGAGACAAACUGUUCUUUAUCAAAACAAAGAAGUUUCUUGGCCACUGCGAUUACGAAAUGUUUGGUUCUAUCCAUACUGGAAUAUAUACGGAGAAUUAUUUGCUGAGGAAAUAGAUCCUUGUGAUCUUGAAUCUAACAGAGAUUCUCAAGGCAACUGCACUGUGUAUGCUUCUUGGCUAGCUCCUGUGUGUAUGUGUAUAUUUAUGUUAGUGGCCAACAUUUUGAUGGUCAACUUAUUGAUAGCGAGAUUCAAUGCCACAUUUAUUCAUAACAAUGCCAACUCUAAGGAGAUCUGGAUGUUCCAAAGAUACAGUCUAGUCCUCCAGUAUGAAAUGAGACCCAUACUUCCUCCUCCUUUUAUUUUAGUCACUCACAUUUACUUAGCCUUCAAAUACAUUAGACACAGGUGCAAAGGAAAGAGAACCUACUAUGACAAUGGAUUAAAAUUGUUUUUGUCUUAUGAGGACACUGAGAAACUACAUGACUUUGAAGAAGAAUGUUUAGAAGACCUGCACAGAGAAAAAGAUUUAAGGCAUCAAAGUUCAGCCGAAGAACGUUUGAAAUGUAUUGUAGACAGAGUUGAGAACAUGUCCCUGAGACUUGAUGAUAUUAACAUGAAGGAAAAUCAUCUUCAACUUACACUUGGAGUCUUGGAGCAUCAUAUGAGUCGAUUUGACGAUUUAGAAAGACGUUUAUCCGAAACUAUUACUCUUAUGGAUGUUUUGACAGGAAGAACUGGAUCUAACAGUGCUGAGUCAUUGGAAAAAAUAGACAUACAAUUAGCUACAAGACCAUUAGGUCCUAGCUUUAGAAAGAGUCUGAAAUCAAGGCAACAAUAUUUCCACAGUCAGCAUCAAGAAAGUUUGUUAAAAAGUGGAAGUGAGUUAGCUGUUGACAAAAAUGAAAUGGACAACUUUAUUGGAGAGGAUAAUCAGUCCUUCGCUAAAGAUAUUUCCCAACAACAAACUAUUGGAGAUGUCAAAUUUUUUAUAAGUCAGAACAAUUUGAACCUCUCAACAAAUAUUGAAGGCUCAGCAGACACAAACAUUAAUGAAGGGGAGAAUAACCACUUGGUCAAUGAAAGCACUCCAAAAAAGAAUUCUUUGUUACAGUUGAGUGACUUAAACAUUUCCACUGUCAGCCUUGAAGACAAACAUCAGAACCAAGUCCAUCCUUCUUCACAACCUUCAAGCCAAGAGCUGGAAAGUCACUUGAGAGAGCAAAUCCAGGCUGAGUCAUUUUAUGUGGACUCUCCAGACAUUAAUAAAUCUAUUACUUCAUCCUCCUCCAAGAACCGCUCUUUAAGAGGAAGAAAUAGUAUGACAGGCCAGCCAUUGACUGUGAGCACCAAUAUGUCCCCAGCAGUAUUUAUUCCAUGCACCUUACCACAGUCUUCAGCUUGUUUCACUGCCCCCAUCCAAGAGAAAAGUCCGCCCUGCGUAAUGUGGAGCCUGUUAACGCCAACUAUUGGAGAGUAUACUAGUAUCACAGACACCAUUGACACUUCUUGCUAUAUAGACUGCUCACCACCUUGUUCCCCUGUAGCCAAAUCAUCUAUCAUGUUUUCCUUUGGAGAAAGUUUUCAUGAGUUAGAAGGUAAACCGAAAGACAUAUCUUCUGCUGAUUAUAAGCAGAUGGAGCUAAAGAAGGCUGAAGAAAUUGAGCAUCAAGGAAUGGAAACCAUCAUACGUCGCAGGCUUCGCCAAAUAUCCCAGGAUGAACGAGGCAGUAUUAGUGAUAUAGCCAAAGUGGUAGUUGCUGAGUUAUCUGCAGGUGGUUUAAAACAAACUUCACAAGAAGAUAGUGGGUCUGAAAUCACGUCAAUAAUAACGCAGGACGACUUUGAAUCAAAUGAGGCUUUAGACCUCCAAGAACUUGCAGAUACUGUGACAGUUACUAGUGUGCCACUAGCUGCUCAUGAUGACCUUCAGUUAGAGGAGUCAGAGAGUUAAACAUUGCAUUUUUUAAAAUUGAGUACUCAUCAGCUGUAUGUAAUUAUCUGAACUAAAAUUUCUUUUCAACUUGUAAAUAACCUUUUUUUUUACACUAAAAAGAAAUGUAAUUUUUAAAAAAAUUUAAUUUAUAUGCCAUGCUAUGUUUUUUAUUGAAUAAAAUUGUAUGUAUAUUUUUAAAGUAGACAUAUAUUGUUUUUUGUAGAAGAAGAAAUGUCUAUUUCUAUGAAUUGGGAUUUAGUGUUAUAAAAGUUUUAAAAAAUUUUGUAUAAUUAAUUAAAGAUUGAUAUAUAUAUUAUCAUUAAUAUUUAUUCAUCUCUUAUAGGUUUUAAACAUCUGUUUGUUUAUAAUUACCAAUGUUUUGAUUUAUUGGACAUUUGUUGUUCACCUUUUGCUCAGUUAUAUAUAGUGUUCAGCCAUCAUGAGGACUUCUGUUACCUACACUGGUAAUAUAUAUAUUAUUUGAUGUCACUUGAUAACAAAAUGGGAUCUCAAAACAAAAAUGUGCUAAAUAGAGAAGAGUUGAUGUUUGAAAGUCACCUUGAUGACAAGUACUCAUGCACACCAAUAGACCAUAGUAAAUAAGUUUCAUUGAUUUUCAAUUUUUUCUUUUUUUUUUUUAGAAGUUUGAAAGCUUAAAAAAGCAAUGCUGCUGUUGUUCAUCCCAUUCAGUUCAAGACACUUCUGACUGAUUAGUUUGAUCUACAAGUCAUUUUAGGCUGAAUAAAUGUAUUAUUACAUAUCAUCCAAGUAAAGGUGUCUGAAAAAGACUAAACCAGAUCUCUAUGUUCAGUUGUUGCUUUUUUUUAAUAAUGAUAAAUCUUUUUUUGUGUCUGAAGUAGUGAUGUUCCCUUACCCUUUUCUAUCUAGUGGCCCUGACAAUUGUCACAGGCUGCAUCAGAAAAAAAAAUUGUCUAGUCCAAUGGCUUUUGAAUCUGUGUAUUCAUGUUUUUGAGGGAUGUGUCAAGGACCAGAUAUGGUCACCCAGCCAUAGUUUAGACAUCACUGUCUUCAAGUGAUUAGUCCCUCUUUAGUUACCCAUGAGCUCCUGUAUUCAUUAGGGUUGAUCACACCUUAUAAUCUAUAAUACUGCAAGAUAUUUAGUAAAUACCUAGCCAAUAUAUAUUAAAAAGAUUGCUUAAUUAUAAUUUAAGUUGUGUUUUUUAAAAAAAAACUUUUUUUUUUCUUAGAUGAAAAAGUUGUUAGAUUAAUUUUAAAAAAGGCUAUAUGAGAAAAAAUGUUUAUUUUAAAAGUGUUAGAUUUAAAUACUUUUUUGGCCAGUGUCAAAACAUCUAGUUCACUUCAUUCAGUGUGUCCUGUAGAACUAUAACGUUGAUUUAGGGGAAUAGAAAAUAAAUUGAACCCAUCACAGUUAACUGGAAAACAUGACAUAUAGUUCCUUUGCUUUACUCUUUAUAUACUUGUUGCAGGCACUUUUAAAGUAGCUUUUUACAUGUCAAAUUUUUUAUAUUUCAAAGAAAAUAAGUAUAUAGGGGUGAAAGCUGUAAGACAUGUUUAGUUUCAGUUUAUAUCAAAUUGUACUAUGUCAAUACUGAAUGUAGCCCUACUAGUCUCAACACACUCCAGUUUUUGUUUGUUCAAUGCUGUUUACAUUCAUUGAUAUUUACAUUAUAUUAAUAUACAUCGUUCUAUUGUGGUACCAUUAGAAAGAAGUUUCAUUGAUUUAGACACUUUGGAUCAUUUUGUUUCAGUUACAUUUAGUGAGGAAGUUGGGUGAGGCAAGGAAGAUUAGAGUAGCAGGUCCUAGUUGAAGGUAGUUCCUGUUGAAUUUUUCUUUUUUUUUAGAAAUCUGAGAGGGGAAAGGGAAACUACUCAAAUAAAAAACAAAAAUUAUAUAUUGUUGAAUGACUGUCAUAAAUAAGAAUCAUAUUUUUGUUUGUAUUUGUUUUCCAAGCAGAUAAUCCAGAAACAUGUUUACUUUCUCCCUCUCCUAAUUUCACUUUUAAAUUUUCAUAACUUCAAAAAGCUCUAGAACAAAACAUAUCUUUUGAACAAAAAAUAUUAGUUAUUGUUAUUGUAGUGACCUCCCAUAAGAGACUGACUUAGAACAUGACUAAUAGUGACUUCAUAAUAUACUUGAGAAUAUAGAUAGCUUAGAGAGUAUGGGUAGAACCUUCACAUAGCAAACAUCUCAUUAGUGACAGAGACUAGACUUUUCCCAUUCUGUAUUAAAGUUAGUCAUUUUACCUUCAAUCUUGUAUACCAGUAUGUCUUUGUUGCUGUUUUGAAGUGUACCAAACUGAUAAUGUUGCAUAGAAAUACAAUUGCACAUUGUAACAUGCAUCUUCUGAUAAUUCAACAUGCUCAACAGUGGCAAGACAUAUUACAAUUUCCAUCAACUUGAGUUGUAUUGGAGAAAAAGAAUAAGAAAAAAUCUUAAAUUUGAAUAAUUCUUGCAGUAGUUUCUGAGAACACUGACUAAAAGAGACCUAGUUUACAUUUUCUAAGUUAUUUCUAACAAUUAUUUAGUCUACACAAGUAAAUACAAUGCAUUUUUUAAAUUAAAUCAAAAUGAAAAUUAUGUUUGCUUUUGACUUGAUGAUGUUGUGUAGAUUUGUGUACCAUCACAUUUAGUAAAAUUGUAUUUUACUUUAUGGCAUUUAACUUAUAUUUUUAAUUGUAUAUAAAUUUGAUAUACUAUGUACAAUUUUUAUGUUGUAGAUAAAAAGCAGUGAUAGUACAGAACAAAUGAUUGUUCAUGUUAUUAAGCCAAGAAAAAACAAGUCAACCAAAACGUUUUAUUAGUAGAGAAAAUUCUCGUUUUUGCUUGAGUAUAUUUGUAUUGGCAGCAUGUGCAUUUCCAUCAAAGUAGAAUAGUUAUUUAUUGUCAUGAAGUAGUAAGCCAGAUCUGAUUAUAAUUUAAGGGUAAUAUAGAUUUUUAUUUCUGGUGCAUAGCUAGCUAGAGAUAGAUCUGUUCAAUAUUUAAAGGUAAUAUACAUUUGUCUUAGAAUGUUGUUGGUUUUUUUUCCUCAGGGAAUCUCAUCAAAAAUCUUUUUUUUCUUGAUCUUUCAAAUUGUUUGUUUGUCUUUGUUGUACAUUAUCACCUAAUAUUUUAACUUUUGUCUUUCCAACAAUCUUUUGUUGCAGUUCUUUGCUGUAGCUUUUGUAUUUUAUUCAAGCUUUUUAACAAAUUAUGAAGUCCAUUUUUUUUUGCAUCUAUUUGUACACUUCCAAUGUUAAUAGCUCAAUGUAUUAGAAUUGUUUAUUGAGAUAAAUAUCAAAUUGAAAUGUCUACCCAUACUUUUUUGUUUUGAAGACAAAACUUUCCAAUGAAUUGUUGAAUGUUAUCUUUGGCCAUUAAAUUUCUCUGUAUUGGAGAGUGAACAACAUUGCUAUUGAUGUCCAUAUAGACAUUUAGCCAGUUCUGAUUUGUGUUACUUUUAGAGUGGAUUCCAUUGGUCCAAACAAUAAAAGAGAGAACACAC